AUGUCUCCUCAUUCAUCGCUCCCAGUAGGUUCCAAGCUCUGGCUUCUCGACUCAGGAACUCUGGAUAUCGACGCCUCGUAUGUCCUCUCUGGUGCCAACGUCCCGAAAAGCAACCAACCGUCCCAGAUCCAUGACACUCGCCAAUGUCUCAUGAUAGCUGCCCUCCUCUACCACCCAGACUUAGGCCUCAUCCUCUUUGACACAGGCGCCUGCGAAGAUAUAAUCAACUCCUGGGACAAAGAAUUCCUGGAGUGUGUGCCUCGCACAUGGGUGAAGGACAUCCAUUCGCUUCCAGCUGCAGUGAAGGCCACGGGGGCCGGAGACAUCACGGAUAUCAAGGCAGUGGUGAUGAGCCACUUACACUUAGACCACGCUGGCGGGCUGGAACAUUUUUUUUUUUGGGGACAGAAGUGCGAAAGUUUAACCUUUUCUAUAGAUGUAGAGAUCUGGUGUCACGAAAAAGAACUCAAAAACGCCUUCUGGGCCUCGGCCACAGGCCACGAUAGUGGACUGUUCCGGCCAGAUUACUUACGGGCUGACCUACUGAACUGGAAGACGGUGUCCGAGCAGGUUGUUGAGCUCUGGUCCGGGGUCACGCUACAUAUGUGUCCGGGGCAUACUGAGGGAUUCCUGGUAGUUGAGCUCAAGUUUCAGGUGGCUGGGACUGUGGUGCUGACGGGGGACCUGUUCCAUGUGAAAGAGAAUUAUGAGGAUGGACAACCGCAGGGCUUUCUGAUGAGGGACUAUAAUACGUGGCAUCGGAGUAGGGAUUACGUGAGAAGGCUGGUGCGGCAGACAAAUGCGAAGGUUUGUCUUGGUCAUGAGAAGAGUUAUUUUGACAAGUUUGUCAAGAGUCCGGAGUAUUUGGUUUAG